UUUCCGCUCCCAGUUUAUCAAGAAGUAGAGUCUAGUCUAUAGACUAUUUAAUAAAGAAUAUAAUCUAGUAUUGGUAUACUAGUAUUAAUAUUAAGUAUAGUAUUAUAAAGUAAUAGAAUACUACAGCAACAAAAAGACAGAAGACUGAGAAACAAAUAACUGAAGACAUUAACAGAAAAUCUCAACUCUUGAGUCUCCUUGAAUCUGAUAUGCAGCAUGCCUCCGAAACAAAAAGUGCAUCUUGAUAAAGGAGCCUGGCAGUGGGCAGAGACAACAGAUUACACCAAAGUUACAGACGAACAUGUCAAAAUUGCAUACAGACUUAAUCUGUCUCCAUGUGAACCGGCUUCAUGCAAGCGCAACUGUAAAGGGAACCCUUUUUGUCUCAAUAAUAUUGGAGAAAAAAAAUGGUUUGGUACAUUUGAUGAAACCAAAUGGCUGAACUUUGACCCUGAUUCAGAACGGCGACAGAAGGGUCAUUUUGUUGGUUUGAAGAAUUUGGGUGCUACCUGUUAUGUGAACACUUUUCUUCAAUUAUGGUUCCACAACCCUAUCUUCAGAAGAGCUGUCUAUGAAUGGAGAGAUCCCAAUCUUCCAACAGUAUAUUAUGAAGGAUGGAAACCUGAUUCCAUAAUUGGACAUCUGCAAGUUAUUUUUGCUUUGUUACAGUACAGCAAUAGAUGCUUUGUUGACCCAUCUCCAUUGAUUGAAUGCAUUGGACUAGACACAGGCGAACAACAGGAUGCUCAAGAAUUCUCCAAGCUCUUUCUUCAUCAGAUGGAGUCAGCACUAUCAGGCAGUGUUCCAGAUAAAGAAAAUGUUAUAGUCCAACAGUUUUGUGGAAGUUAUUGCUAUGUUACAGUAUGCCAGAACUGUCAGAGUCAGUCUGAGACUCUAGCCACCUUUUAUGAGCUUGACCUCAACAUCAGAGGUCACUCAACGCUGGACGCCUCAAUCAGGGACUUUCUCCAAGAGGAGAAGCUGGAAGGAGACAACCAGUACAUGUGCAAUGUGUGCUGCAGCAAGCAGAAUGCCACUCGGACAAUCAAACUGAUCAAACUGCCUCCAGUUCUCAACUUACAACUUCUUAGAUUUGUAUUUGACAAGAGCAAAGGUCACAAGAAGAAGCUUAGCAGCUUUAUACAGUUUCCCGAAACUCUGGACAUGUCUCCUUAUUUGGAUGUAGGUAAUAGUGGAGACUCCUCUUAUGAACUAACAGCAGUGCUCAUCCACAGAGGCCCCACUGCUUACAGUGGCCAUUAUAUUGCACAUAUUCGUGAGCAAGAAGAUACUGGAGCCUGGUACAAAUAUAAUGAUGAAGAAAUUGAGAAGAUGAAUAACAAGAAAUUAGAGCUAGGAAAGGAGGAAGAUAUUUUGGCCACAGAGAACAACACAGAGAAGGCCCCAAAGGCCAGCAAGGGAAACCACUCUUCUAGAAAUGCAUACAUGUUGGUCUACAGAAAAUGUAAACAAGAGAACAAUGGGGAGAAAACACCAACAGUAACUGAGAACUUACUUCCCCCUGCAGUCAGGGGUUAUGUUGAACAUGACAAUCAAGAGUUUGAAAAUUGGAUCCUAACAAUGCUGGAAAAUCAGGAACAAAAUAUCAAUGAAGUGAGACAAGGCUAUGAGGACAUGAGAACCUUGUACACAACACUCCCUGUCAAAUCUCUGGAUGAGCCCUGGGAGUGGGUAUCUCUGCAGUGGUUGGUCAAGUGGCUGGCAGAGCCAAAGAAAAUAGAUCAGGUGGUAAAUAGAGUUCCCAAGUGUCCCCACAACAAGUUGCCCCCUGAUGAAGUAGUCAAGUUAAAAUGUAUAUCCAGUGUAGUGGGUGAUCAAUUGUUUUCCAAAUAUCCUAUCAAUAAAAGGUAUCCAGGAGAGUCCUUGCUUUGUGAAAAAUGCAUUCGCCAAAGAUGUCGUGAGAUAAGAUUUCGUUUGUGUAUGUCUGAUGAUGAUAAACUUUUUAGCAGUAAAAAAAGUAUUACCAGUAUGGAGUCCAGUGAGGACUGUUAUUGGGUGAGCACAAAACAUUUACGCAGUUGGAAAAAGUUUGCAAUGGAUGAAAUUUCAUCAAAACCUGUCACAAUAUCCAUUCAGGCAUCAAGUCAAGGAUCUGCUAAUUUGGACAUAGCUCCUUCUUCUUGUCUAUCUAGUGACCAAGAAGCCUCAUCCUCUUCUGCAUCUUCUAGCUCAGGUAUGUUUAGCAAUCUGGACACUACUCACCAGGAGUCAAAAUCUCAGAGUCCAAGAGACGACCUAAAAGGGCAGGAUGACCAAUCAAAGAUCUCAGCGUUCUCCUCUUCCCUGUCAGAACAGCUGGCGGUGCAGAAGUCUUUGAAACAAACAGACAAACAAUCUUUCCCACCUGCUCAAAGCUCUUUCAGCUGGCAGUACUCUGAAACUAAGUCUCCGCAGAGCAAGCAGGAUAAAUCUGGUAAUCUCAAGCUGUCUCCAUUUUCAAAUGAAAAGAACUCUGCUUGUGAGAGCCCAGACAGUGGGAUCAUUGUUCUGAAGCCAGGGUCAGGAGACGACACUGUGGAUGAGAUGGGAGAGCAGCACAGGGUUAAAGAGAAAGUAGGCAAUGGUAAAAUCAAAGCAGCAGAAGUCAGCAUGGAGGACCUACAGAGCUAUGAUGAGGAGAAAGAAGAAAGAUUUAAUGAUGACAUUCUCUGUGAGCAUGGUAACCUGAGAAUUGAUGAGAGUGGGCGUCGUCUUGUCUCUAAAAAUGUUUGGGAAAGGUUACUCUACUACUUCCCACACAUGAAACCAUUCACUUUAUAUUCUCCACUUUGUGAGGAAUGCUGGUCACUUCAGCAGUUUGAGCAGCAGUUGAAAGAGUCGAGGAAAAUUGCAGGCCAAGGUCAGAGAGAUGACCUUCUUAACCUCUACCACAUGAAGAGCCGUCCCAAAAUCGGAGAUGAUUGGUCUGGCCGCUCGGCAUUUGUUGUUAGCACCAGUUUUGUGGAUGGCUGGAGAAAAUUUGUGAAACAUUCAGUGAAGAGUGAAAGUGUCCAAGAGAUUGUGAAUGCACCAUUAUUGUGUGAGCACAGCUUACUGUUGUAUAAACCUGAAGAUAUGAAUUCACCUGAUAAUGCUACCAGGUUUACUCUGGUCUGGGAUGAAGAGUGGGAGAAACUGACCAAUUAUUUUGCUUACGAUGUUGAGAUAAAAGUAUCCCAGGAGAUUCAGGCAGAUGGCAAGAUGAAUGUGGUCACAGCACCAGGAGUGUGCAGCACAUGUCUGAAUGAAAGAAUUCGUCAAGAGGAAGAAGGGAAGUAUAUUUUCUCGCGGCAAGUCAUCUAUGUAAGAAAGGUGGUUGAUGGAACCAACAUGGAAGCUAUACUUAAAAGUGAAGAGCUCAAGGAAAAUGGGAAGGGGUAUAAUUAUGAUCCAGAAUUCAAUGCUCCGCCUCAUCAGAAGCUAAAAUGUGCAGAACCUCCACCAGAGAAGAUAGCCAAGCUGGACAAUUCUCAGCCACGUAAAAGUUCAAGACAUAGAAAGACAAGGGGAGAGAAGGAGCUUGUAGUGUCUUCAAACAUGACUCUAAAAGAAUUGAAAAUACAGCUCUUUAAUCUAUGCAGUGUGCCUCCAUUUGAUCAAAAUUUGUCUCUGGAUGGCAGGAAUCUUAAAAAUGAUGAAAGUACUCUUCAAGACUUAAAAGUCUACCCUCAGUGUGUUCUCUUUCUAAAAGAUGAUGAACCAGUAGGUGAAAGUUCUACUUCUGUUGAUGACUACUUGAGUGUUCCAACAAGACCAGAAGAAGGAUUCAAGGGAACUAACCUUCUUGGCAGAUAGAAUUUCUAUUCAAAGUCUACAAAGGUGCAAUAUACAUAUGAAGUACUUACCCCAAUUAUUUAUUGACUACAUUGACAAGAAGCCAUUGUACGCAUGUUUGCAUAUACUGUGAGUACUACACAGAGAAACCAAGCUAGCCAGUAUUUCCAUGGAAGAUGAAAGAUAUUAUCUUGUAUAAUAUAUAUUUUUUUUUUCAUGAAUUUAUAAUCUCAACCCUGUGAAACAUGUUCACAUAUAGAUAGUGCUUUAAAAAAAAAGUGUAUUUUCGGAUCAAAUACUUUGGUGUAUAGUGGCUUGUUUCCACUGACUUCAUUCAUUUAGUCUUGACCAAUGUAUGAUUAGUGUUAUUCAAAUUCCUUUAAAACAAAAGGGUGUGUUCUGAAGGGAGGAGUCCACAGUACAACAUAAAACAGAUGUGGGUGGCUCAUACAUUUCAAUAGGCAUGUGUUAAAAAAAUUAAAUUGCAAUAUGCUGUGAUUUUUUUUUUUCUGUCCCUGACACUGGUAACACUCUUCUGCAAGGAUGUGCUCGUAAUACUAAACACCACAGGCAAUUCUCAAAAUACAGGAUAUAAGAUGCUACAGUGAAACUGCUUAUGGUUUGGUUCUAAAAGUAUGCAACAUAAGCCAAAAUAUGUCAAUCAAAGUUGACCCAUUUUUGCCUACUGGAUCUACAAGGCUAUCUGGCUAGGCAUUGAAUUGCAGCACUAACAUUUCUCAACAAAACCCUCAGUGUUUUAAUUGUUCUUAUUUUUUAUUUAAAUAUAAUUUGUGAGUUCUCAUUCUUGUAUUAUCUCAGGUCUUAGAAAGUUCUCCUAUUUCCUCUGCACCUGCCUGUCUAAGCAUCAGUAUGCCACUCAAUCAGGCUGUGGCAGCAAUUUCAACCAAAAAAACAUUUCUGCAGUUUAUCUUCUAAAAAAAAAAAAAAGUUCCCCUUUCAGACCAUGCAGUCUAUAGGGCAGAUGAUGUAAAGAUCAUCUGUUUCUGUGACCCACGGUUAACGAGGGUGUCAUGUGGUCAGAAUAGUGAACAACGGCUUUUAUUUUCCACAAUUAAUGUCAUUUACCCUUUAGAGCUGGGUAAACUCAGAGGUGCCAUAAAGAUCCCAAAAUUAUAAAUCCCAGUCUUCACCAGCAUUACAUCCGGGAACCUCCAGUUCAUAAGCCAAGCACUUUACCACUUAGCCUCCUGCUGCUUGAAAAUUACAGAACACUAUUGGGCACAUUAAAAUACAUCAAAAGUGUCGUGUUUAUUUGUGAAUCUGUUUCACUUAGUACAUCUCACUGGGCUGUUAGCUCUAUGCAAUUACAUCCUAGGCCUACAUACUUGAAAUGUAGAAGAUUAUAUAUCUAUAAAUACCAGUAGUGAAUAAUGUUAUGAUAUGGGUAUGCUGGUUUUUUUUUAUACCUCAAUCAUUUUCUUUGAGGAUAAUUUAGGUUAAGCUAAAUGUUUUGGAUUCUAAACCAUGACCUCUUAAGCUGACAAUGAGGUUUGAUUGUUAACAUUGGGCUUAACAAUAUUGUCUAAGUACACUGAAUAUUUGUUUAAAAUUUAUUUUGAAAAAAGUGUUGUUUUUUUCCCUCAUUUGUUUAUUGAUAAAUUGAUUUACAGAUCUUUCAGCUUUAACGUGUGUUGACAAUUUUGCAUUUUUGUUUUGGGUUUGCAAAAAUGUUUGCCUUUACUUUUGGUCUUAUACAAUUUAUUUUCUGUGAACCAAAAAAAACACAUUUUCUAAUAUUUGGUAAUUGCAAUUUUAUUUGUAUUAACCAACAUUAAAUGUUUCUCCAAAUAAAAUCUUUAGUUACCAGCAUAUUCAGAGAUUUAUUGCUAUUCUUAAUGUUUCUAUACCUUGCCACUUUAGAAGUUCACCUUCAAUGAAGUCCAGUAGGGAAUAUGCGCCAUUAUUCCAUUGAUUAUUGGAAAGGAUUUCUUCCAAUAGACAGGCAUGGUUCGAGGGCUCUUCACCCCCCCCCCCCACCCCUAAGUCUUGUCAAAGGGACUAGAUUUAAAGAGUAUCUGUUUUCUAAGUGUCUAUAAAAACUUCUUGUUGAAACUUAAAACAACCAGAGCUAAGGUGUAUUAUGCUCUUCUUACUGUCAGCUAGAACUCUAACCCAGCACUCCCCUGCCGUCCUGUGGGAGGCCUGGGCUAAGAUAUAAUAAUCCUUUCUGAAGGAACUUGCAAAAGUUAUUAAACAAAGCUGUUAGCCUUGAUUGAAAAUCUAGCUCUCGCAGACAUCUUUGUGUUCAAUACUUUCCUUCUGCUUCAAGCGAACAUUAAACUCCUAAUUUUUAUCAAGGGAAGUGGUAACUGACAGAUUUUUUGUUUCUGAAAUACUAGGUUUAUUUUUGUAAUCUUUGUGCUGUCACUUUGAGCUCUACAUAAGAGACUAGCUAACUGUGAAAUAGACUCAGAACUGUGUCAUUUGUUGCCAUUUUGUUUAUGGAGGUAUUUCAGUAAAUCAAUGUCACGGAGUCAACUGGACUUAGUUUAUCACUGUGUUUUGAUCACUCUGAGCAUUUUAAUCAACCCUACAUAUAUUAUUUCAUUAAGGUUGUCCUUUGUGGUUGUACAGACCUUGUUGGUAAUUUCUAGAUGGACAUUUCUAGACUGAUUUAAAUGGUCAUUUAGUUAGCCUUUACAUUUUUCAAAACUAUUAAGCAACUUUCAACAGGCUGAAAUUAAAGAAUCUCUUGCAGACUGCAAAUAUUUGAUGGAAUUUGAUGACAAGAUAUGAUGAGGAUUGAAAACCAGUUCAUAAUCAAAUAAUUUUCUGAUUAAAUUUUUUUUUUUUUUUUUUAAUGUGUCAGUAGCACUAUGUUUUAUACUAAUUUUAUUUAAAUUGAGUUACUCUAACAUUUUAGUGAAUGAGACCUAGCUGUUAAAUUUGUUUGAUAUAAGUUCAAAUCAAAUUUCCUCUCAUUUCUCAUUUUUUUGAAAACCCAAUUCAUUUAUCUCCCUUUCUUCUCACCAUUUAGUUGGCAUCAAAUAAUUUACAAUGUUACUAUUGUGACCUGUGCCAGAAUGUCUUUAUUAGCUCGUUGUAUAUAAUGUAUUAUAGUAUAAUAUAGUCCAACGUAUUCAUGAACCCAUGCAGGAUCAUAAUUCUCCUCAAGGGAAAACUAUGACAACCAUCCAUGUAUUUACUGUAAAUAGAGAGUGUUAUUAUUUAUUAACUCUUUGUCAGCCUCUCACCCCUAGUGGGUGAAGCUUAUUAUAAAAACUAUAUAUAUGUAUGUGACGCCAUUACCCACAUUUUCAAGUAUACAAAAAAAAAACACUUUAUUUUUGUUGUGUAUCCUUUAAACUUUGUCACUUUUUCUGUAGAAUUUUUUUUUUUUGAGUCAACACUUUGAAAAGAGAAAGUGUUGGCAGAUGUCAUACUUUUGUUUAGAGACAGUAAUGCUCUCUAUUAGUUCAGAGAAAACAGUAAUGAUAACAUUGACAAUAUAGACCUUCGUGCCGCCAAUUGUGAUUAUUUUCUAUUAUAUUUUCUAAUGGAAUAUGAAAGCAAGUAAAUCAACUGUUUUUUUAAAUUUGGCAGGAUUUGUUCAUCUCUGCUGUUUCUUUGCUCAAUAUUUCAGAAAGGUUUUUUAUUGGCCAGCGUAGCUACCAAGUAAUUGUGUAAUUUCCCCCAGCCAUUGCCAAGUAGCCAUUUUGUUUACUUUUAAUUUCUCCUUGGUUUUCAAAGCCUUUCAUUUUCAAAGACAUUUUUGCUUGUAUGUUUGACGAUGUUACUCACCCUUCUCAUAUUUCAUGCUUCAUGUUGAAUGUAUAACUAUGCUUAAUGAAUAGAUUAAUACAUAACAUUAGUAGAGCUAAACAUUAGCUUUAGCUCAUUGAGUUGGUCUCAAUUUCAUGUGCAACAAGAAAGAUGUCAUGAUUUUUGGAAGUUUAAUUAUUAUAUUUUCAUAGGACUAGUUAAAAAAUUUUUUUUCUUUAGAUGAUUUGGUCCUUGGGGUAAAUUGAGGUAACCACUAACUUGACUGAUGGCAUUUAGUGCUUUGUAGCCAGCCAAUGCUACUCCCUCAGGUAUUUGUUUAUAGCUGGGGGACCAUAAAGUGACUUGAGCCUUGGUCUCUAUUUCAAAUCUCACCCCUGCCCCACUAUUUUCUGUUUCCUUAUGAACCUGAUUGCUUGUUGGUAAACUGGCCUGCAGACAAUUAUUGAUUACAUUGCCUGCUGUAGUGACCCAAAUCAUGUUUUAUAAUCAUUGAAUAUUGACCUACAUUAGAACACAGGUGGCUUACAAAACUUGACCAAAGUUGACUUAAUUGAUUUCCAAGGUUUUUAUGUGUUAGGUUUUUUAAUGCAGAAUAGCUUAUCUAUCCUUUUAUCUGCGAAAGUAAGAAAAUUAAAUUAUUUGUUGAGAAAUUUAAUUUUUUUUAAAUAUCAAAAUGAAAAUAAUUAAAAUAAUUUGUGCAACCUGCUACCACCUAAUUUAUGUGGAAUAACUUAUGACCUAGUUGCUUGAGUUUAUCUUAAUUCUUAGAAAACAACAAACCAUUUCUAUCACAUCUCAAAAAAUCUUAAUAUUAAGCAACUUUCAACAGGCUGAAAUUUAAAAAUCUCUUGCAGACUGCAAAUAUUUGAUUUGAUGACAAGAUAUGAUAAGGAUUGUCAACUUAUUUUAUUUUGUGGGCUGUCAGCCCAAAAUUGUACACAUAAUAUAUUUUCCAGGAGAAAAUUUAAAGUCUUUUGUCAUUAUGAAGUUUUUGCUUUAUUUCUGUCAACUAAGAACUCGGGUUUGAUUUAGACUAGAUUAACACUUGACUUGAAUAAAUUAUUUUUGUUGAUAAAAAA